GACGACUAAUAUCGAAAAGCCGAAGGGAACGCGAGGCGAGCCGAGUCUUACCGAAGUGUCUCUGUGACGUUAUGCUCGAGCAGAAGAGAUAAGACGGUAAAAAGAAGUGAGAACUCUGUUUCCUGGUGCGUCAAGAGAACUGUUUGCGAGUCUUGUCGAGCCGCGCGUAUCCCAAAAUGUCGUACGCGUACCUCUUCAAGUAUAUCAUUAUCGGAGACACAGGAGUUGGAAAGUCCUGUCUUCUUCUUCAGUUUACGGAUAAGAGAUUUCAGCCGGUCCAUGACUUGACAAUAGGAGUUGAGUUUGGUGCUCGUAUGAUUACCAUUGAUAGCAAGCAAAUUAAACUGCAGAUAUGGGAUACUGCAGGUCAAGAGGCAUUUCGUUCUAUAACAAGGUCAUAUUACCGUGGAGCAGCCGGAGCUCUAUUGGUAUAUGACAUUACACGUAGAGAAACCUUUAAUCAUCUUACAACUUGGUUAGAAGAUGCAAGGCAGCAUUCGAAUUCCAAUAUGGUUAUCAUGUUGAUUGGCAACAAGAGCGACUUAGAUAACCGAAGAGAAGUAAGGAGAGAAGAAGGUGAGGCUUUUGCACGAGAGCAUGGUCUAGUCUUUAUGGAGACCAGUGCUAAGACUGCAGCCAAUGUAGAAGAAGCGUUCAUUAAUACAGCGAAAGAAAUAUAUGAGAAAAUCCAGGAAGGAGUCUUUGACAUCAAUAAUGAGGCAAACGGUAUUAAGAUUGGGCCACAACACUCGCCGACAAGUCCUGGAGGUUUACCAGGUACUGGUGGACAAGGUAGUGCGCAAGGUGGCGGGUGCUGCUAGGGGCUGGGGCUUAUCUGUCCACCGCUUCAUCCUUCUCCGAUCUGAAUUGACCGUUACUCCUGCUCUUCGUUUUAAUCUGAACUCUUACUUUGUACAAUUUAGUUGUGCGCAUGCCGCAUCAUAAGGUAACAAAUGACAGUUGAUGUAUUUAUUAGUUACAGUAAUCUUAUACGCAUAAUAAAUAGGAUUAUUGUAAGACGAGAAUGUUAUACAUCAUUAAAAUCAUACAAGGCAUAAUAAAGUUUUUAUUUACAAAGUCUGGUAAAAGAUAUAUGAAUGAAGUUGCGUUAUUUUUCAAUAUGUUCUCGGCAGAUUUGAUUCUUUUUCAGAGCGACCAAACCAUUUAACAUAUAACUGUUUUUCGUUCUUGCACAUCACGUAAUAGUUUUAUUUUUUUAACAUGAAAUGUUAUUUUGCAUCGAUAGUCGAAUGAGUUCCCUUGAUUAUUAGGAGAUUUUUACGUUUAUUUAAUGUGAUUGCGUAAUAUAAUUUAACUUUAAUUAUAUUGUAAAUUUUAGCGAGCUUGUCUCCCACUUUAUGCAGCACGACGUGAAAUUAUUGUAUCAAGUAAUAUCAAUUAUCGAGAGUGAUAAAGCGGGAGAGGACAGGCACUUCUAUAUUUAAAAUAUUUUGUAUUCGUUUAAUAUAUAUUGUGUAUAUCGUAUAAUGUAAUGUGCACUAACGAUCAAAAUUCCAUUCUAUUAAUAAUGGCUCACGGACGCUGAUAUAUACAUCAGUUAAUCUGGUUUUACAUAAAAACAUGAUUUACACCUAAUUACCUAAAACAAUAUAUAUAUAUGUAUAUGUAUGUAUGUACUGAUAUAUAAGAUGACAAUUAUAUGAGACAUGUAUUAAUCAAUACCAUCGGAAGGCCUAUUUAACCAGAUUUAUAUUCUAUAUAAGAGUACGCAAUAGAGAAAUCUUAUAUUGCAUGUAUUGACGAUUGGUAUCAUUAUUUAUGAUAUUUAUCGUGGCGUUGUUCCGAAAAUGAAGACAUUAUCGCGUGUUAUGAUAUAGAACGAAUCAAAAAUACAUUUUUACCAUUUAUAUUAUAGUAAAGCUGAAGCUUCAAAUAUCUAAUAUAUAAUACAAAAUCCAUAAUUACGUAUUUUAGACCAUAGGUAAUGAUAGAUAAUGAUACCGAUAUGAAUAUAGGCAUUGAUAAUGAUUUUACUGUAUUUCAUCAAGAUACAAAAAAAAUUCAUUCCAUUUUAACAAAUAUUUUUUACCUCAUCUCAAAGGUAACUACGAUUAUUUCAAAAUUUGCGAACACGAAAUAUAUUUAAAUAUACGAUGAACAAAAGAUAAAUUCUCUGGUAGUGCACGUUAUUAUAUUUAUUAAACGAUUUGUGUCAGCUAUGGAGCAAGUAAAUUAUAUAUUAAUAUCAAUGUUUCUCGGUACAAUUACGAAGAGAAGCGCAUCUAUAAUCAUAAAUAUACUACAAUUAGUACAAAUUGGCUUCUUGAGCAUUAUUGUAAUCAAAUGUUAUUUACAAUAUCUCUCUUAUUAGGAAGCCUAUAUCUUGAUCAUUGUACCAAAGAAUGUGUCAGCAUUGUUGUAUAUUUUCUUUGCGCGCUUGUAUAUUGUAAUAAUUAAAUCAUGUACAUUGGUUUCAGGGAGAAUUACAUUUAAAUAUUUGAUUUAAAUAUAAUCUAGCGAUAUUGUUCUAUGCACAGUCAAAGCUAAUUGACGGCUUGUGAUGUAUUUUGUAUGUAUGCGUUGGGCAUAUCUCUUCAAUUGGAAAUAUAUAUGUGCACAUUA